UUCGGGUUUCUUCACCCGUGUUUGUGUCAUUGCUGCUGUUUAUGCUCCAGGUUGUUGCUGUGUUGAAGGCCAACUCUGGAGACAAUCUGGUAAGAAAAAAAAGAAUAUGGAUUCCACCACCAAAAGGGCUGAGAGAAAAUAAAGACUAUACUCAAGAAUCUGUUGCCAAGAUUCAUUCAGACUACGAUAAUGGCCGAGGGAAUAUUGUCUACUCCCUGGAAGGCAUUGGUGCAUCACAGAAUCCCUUCCAUGUGUUUGUAGUCGACCCUAAAAGUGGACUGAUUCGUGUGACCCAAGUGCUUGACAGGGAGCUCAUCGAUUCGUACAAUCUGUCAGGUGUUGCUAAGUACACUGAUGGCAGACUGGCAGAGGACAAUGUUGACAUACGAUUCAAGGUUAUAGAUGAGAAUGACAACUCUCCAGUGUUUGGUGUCAUCAACCCUGGGGAGGUGGAUGAGCUCAGCCCUGUGGGGACUUCAGUUACGAAAGUCACUGCAACUGAUGCUGAUGAACCAGGGAAUGUGAACUCUCAGAUCGCUUAUACCAUCGUGGAUCAGAAUCCACCUCAUGACAUGUUCUACAUGACCACUGAUGGAACCAUUUAUGUCAAAAGUCCCACCCUGGACAGAGAGAAAACAGACCAGUACAUUCUGACGGUGAAAGGUCAAGACUUAAAUGGUAAACCACAGGGAAACACUGGAACCGGCACUGUUAUCAUUAAUGUCCGAGAUGUGAAUGACAACCUUCCUACUCUGGAAAAAGAGAUGUAUGAGGGCAGCAUUGAGGAGAACACAGAGGGUGUGGAGGUGAUGAGAAUCAAAGCAGAGGACUUGGACCUGAAGGACACAGACAACUGGGAAGCUGUGUUUGAUAUCGUCAAAGGCAACGAGGCUGGGUACUUCAGCAUCACAACAGACCCCAAGACCAAUGAAGGCAUCCUUAUGCUCGACAAGGCUGUGGAUUAUGAGGAUGUGAAGGACCUUGAUCUAGGAAUAGCUGUGAGGAACAAGGCUCCAUCACAUGAUGGAUCUGGGGUAAAUGCUGGAGCUGGUAUAGGUUUCGGAGGAGGAGCAGGGGGGGGAGGGGGAACAGGGGGAGGAGGUGGAGCAGGGGGAGCAGGGGAUGGAGGUGGAGCAGGGGGAGCAGGAGGAGCAGGGAGUGGAGGGGGAGCAGGUGGAGCAGGUGGAGCAGGUGGAGCAGGUGGAGCAAGUGGUGCCAGUGGUGCCAGUGGUGCCAGUGGUGCUGGUGCAGGAGGUGGGUCUGGAGGAUCAUCAUGGCAAAGCUCAACCAAAUAUAAAACCUAUCCAAUCAAAAUCAAUGUGAAGAACCAGCCUGAAGGGGCACAUUUUGACCCCAAAGUCAAAGCUAUUCCCAUCUCAGAGGGAGGCGACUCCAUUAACAUUAAAGAUGUUAUUGCCCACUACCCUGCUAUAGAUGGAGACACUGGGGAACCAGCUGAGAAUGUCAGGUAUGCCAAAGGUUCAGACCCUGGCAACUGGCUAACCAUCGACCCAGAGACAGCUGAGAUCAAACUGAACAAGAUGCCUGACAGAGAAUCUCCACUCCUGGUCAAUGGGACAUACUUUGCUGAAAUACUCUGCAUUACAGAAGACAUGCCUGCUAAAACAGCCACCGGCACCGUAGCCAUCCAGGUGGAAGAUUUUAAUGACCACUGCCCCACCCUGACCAGUAACAUCCAGACUAUGUGUACCACGGAUGACGCUGUUAUUGUCAACGCUAAGGACGAGGAUGCAUUCCCUAAUGGACCUCCUUUCCACUUUGACAUCAUACCAGAGGGCACUGAGGGCAAAUGGCAGGUGGAGCAUCUUAAUGACACUGCAGCUAUUUUGAGGUCCCAGGAGUCCGUGUGGCCUGGUAUCUAUGAGGUGGAAUUUCUGGUGAAGGACGAGCAGGGAGAGGCCUGUCCAGAACCACAAAAAGUGAAGGUCCAGGUCUGUACCUGUGAGGAUGGAGUGGUGUGUGGAAAACGAGGCGCCAACGGUAAAACCAGCAAAGGAGCAGAGUUAGGACCUGCAGGCAUCGGACUGCUAUUACUGGGCCUCCUGUUGUUACUACUCAUCCCUCUGUUGCUGCUCUUAUGCCAAUGUGGGGAGGCUGCGGGUCUGCCAGGGGGCUUUACUAAGAUGCCUUUUGAAACUAAAUCACACAUCAUUAACUACCACACUGAGGGCCAGGGAGAGAACACGGAGGUGCCGCUACUUAACAUGCCAACACAAGUGGAUGGAGAUAUGGUCAACAUAGGUAUGGGCAUGGCUACCAAAACUUCAGCAAUGGCACCCAUGGCAGGCUUUGAUUUUGAGAAAUCUGUCACUUCCAUGGAUGGGAUAAAUGGGGCCAUCUAUCAAGAUGGUUUUGAAAGUGGCCACAGAGAAGGAACAUGGGGGAUGAUGAGGCAGUCGAGUGGCACUGGCUUCCACUCUGAGUUUGAAAGCAGAGAGGCAAGAGGAGGAGGUGGCGGGAUUUAUGACAGCAUGGCUCUGCCAGACCACUUCCUGGAACAGUACUACACUCAGAAGGCAUCCAAUGGAAACGAGAACCUUGGAGUGAAGGAUGGUCUGUUGGUGUAUGAAUUUGAGGGCCAGGGAUCCUCUGCUGGUUCAGUGGGCUGCUGCAGCCUCCUGGAGUCUGACAACGACCUGCAGUUCCUCGAUGACCUCGGGCCAAAGUUCAAGACCCUGGCAGAGGUGUGUGGGGGCAAAAAGAUCCCAACUGAAGUCAAACAGGUGCUCACUCCUCUGCCCAGUGCCUCCAUCAAAAGUCAAACCUCAGUGUCAAGUUUGACGACUGCCCAACAGCUGACCCCACCACCCAAGCUGCAGCCAACUGUCCCCAGAACAGAGCAGACUGUGGUCACGGAGACAUCUGAGCAUUCUCAGAUGGUGAAGGAAAGCACGACCACAUUGAGAGAAGGAAUGACCACAAUGAAGCAAGGGAUGGCAAAUCAAGGCCAGAUGUUCCUUCUACAGCAACAGCAGCCUGUCUACUACACCACCACCCCUGUGCUGCAGCCGAUGCACUACGUAGUCCAGCCACAAGUUCAAAACGCCAUGGUGCUGGCUGAGGCACCAGCUACCAACCUGCAGGGCAUGGUUCUUGUUAAUGGCACCCAGACUGGACCUGCCCAAGGCAUGGUAGUUCAGGGGCAGACAGUGAUGUCCAGUGGACAAGGCCAGGGCCCUGGCAUGGUGCUGGUUGAGAGGAGUGGGGUCCAAGGUGGUGGUGCCAACCUGAUCCACGCUGGCAACCUUUCUGGCUCACAGACCAUGAUGGUCGUAGAGGGCAAGGUCCCAGCGGGAUCAAUGCAAAUGCUUACGGGUAGCCAGACCCGCCUUGUGCAAGGGGGCACUCUACAGCCAGGAGGGCUUUCAGGAUCUCAGAGAGUGCUGGUGGUCGGAGGGCAAACAAGCAGCGGAGGACAGCUGGUCCACGAGGCAGGAGGUCUGUCCCAGAAGAGCAAUGUCCUUGGCUCUAAAAGAGUCCUCCAUAGCCAGGACAACAUGUCCACUGGUUCUCAGAGUGGUGUGGUGGCUUCCUCUGCCACCACAGUGAGCACAGCCCCCACAUACCGCAAGGUGGUGGUACAGGAGAAAUUCACAGAAUUGUGAUCUAUGAAAAGACAUUUUUUAAUGCAGUUCAAACUUCUGGCAAGACAAUCUCUCAAGUAUUUUAAUGAGAGACACUGCAUGUGCAUGUCAGUUUAUUGGUGGAGGGUGUGCUGCAGCAGUUUCAUGAGGAAUUAAUCUACAUGUGGCUGCAUGUUCAUACUACAGCUUAUACCAGACACUAACAUAUGCACUUAAACAACCUCUGUCUUGUUGCAUUAUUUUGAAGGUCGGUUAGUGGGAGUGUGGUAGUAGUUUCAGAAAUUGAGCAGUAAAAGAACAUUCUUCACAAACGUUUGUCUGGAUCAGUCCACCUUAGCAAGAAAAUAGCGUGCAGUUUCAAAUCUAGAUUGCACUACAGAUGUAAUGAUGUUGAAAUUUGGUAGUCUUUGUUUUUGCGGUGUGGUAGUGGGACCUGCCAAAUUCCAAGCAUGCUGUGAUUUGCUUUGACAUCAUACGCUCAUACGCACUACAUACAGCUAUUCUUGGGUUCAUUGGCAUAUUGUUUGGGUUUUUUUUUUUUUUUUUUGGUUGUUUGUUUGUUUUUUUGGUCUUUUUUUGCUCACUGAUUUCACAUUUUUUAGCCAUUCUAGCAUUUGGUCCACACUGUUUCAUGGAUUGUCAUGAAAUUUUGUACAGACCUUCAUGGUUUUCAGAGGAUGAAUCUUCACAACUUUGAGGAACCUCUAACUUUCAUUUAGGUCAAAAUUUUAACUUGUCCAGUAUUUUGAUUUAUAACCAAACAUCUGCAGAACUAAUGGCAUCCCUCUCAUCCUCAGCAGCAUUGAUUUUAAUUUAUUAUUGUGAUUAUAUGAGUAUCGUUAAACCCUUUAGAACCAUUCCUUUUUAUGGGAGCUGUACUAAAACUUGACUUGUCUUGACUUGUAAACUUGACUUCCUUGUUUUCUUGCUCUAUACAAGUUUGGAGUGUGUGAUGUUUGUAACCUUGUCAAGUUUAACAAUAACUCACUUUUAAAAAUUCAAUAUGUAGGACAUGUCACAAUACAGCACUAAGAUAAAGUGUGUCAUUUUUAACAAGAACUACCAAAAAAACAUGUAAACAUCCAGUUCUGCUCACUUGCACUUGGUUUCUUGUGAUCCGUCUUAAUCUAAACAUUUUCUUAUACUUUUACAGAGCUCUUGUUUGAAAGAUUUGAUUGUUGCUCUUGAAUUGACUACAGCAAAUAUUUCAUGUUUGAUAAAAUGUUUAUCAUUCAGAAACUUAAAAUGGCAAAUUAUGCUGUGUUCAAACCAAUGUAAACUCUAAAUGUAGCUAAAACUUAAGUCAGUUGAGCAAUUAAGCCCUUUUUUUUAUUACAUGAAAUAGACCAAAAAUUAAUUAUUUUCCUGUUUGUGUGGAACUAACCUUGGCUACUUUAUUGUGUGUACAUGUUCAUGGUCAUAAAUUGUACAAUGGCGGUUCAUUUAUUACUAUGCAGGCAGAUUCUUAUGUGCUGAAAUACAUUUUGGCAUAAUGUCACAAUGUUUGUCUCAUGGAAAGCAUUUAUCUCAUGCAUGCUUACUUUAAUAAACUCUUUUU